AAUGCCAUAAGUAGAUAUACAGAAAAAAUGUACUCUAGAAGUGCAUAUAUAUAGUGAAUAUACAUCACAGAGAAUUUUAACUGUAGCAGGGAAGAUUUGGUUGGCAAAGGCAAUGGCUUUGUUGAGAUUAAUUCCCCUGGUAUUUUUUAUAGUUGUUACAGUAUUUUCUGGCAGAGCAUUUGGAGGUCCUAAAAAUCAAAAUGCAGUCGCUCGAAAGGAAGAUAUUCCUUACAUCAAAUGUGGAGUUUGCGAACAACUCUCUCAGCAGCUUCACCGUCAAGUAACAGAAAAGCGCAAGAAAGUCGCUCCCCAGAAGCUUUCAGAGUACCAAAUUAUAGAAGUAGCAGAGAAUAUCUGUAGUUUGAAGAAGCAUGAAGGUGAUUGGCUCCUUCAUCUUGAUAUUGUGGAAGAUGGUGACAAAUUGAAGCUUGUUGAACAAGAAGAAGAGGGAGAGUGUAAUACAGAAUGCAAGACAAUAGAACGGGCUUGUCAAGAGGUGAUUGGCUAUCAUGAUACUGAUGUUGCAGAAUUCUUAUUCAAAAGUGAGUCACAAAAUUCUGCAUUAUCAAAGUUCCUUUGUAAUGAUCUUACUAAAGCUUGCUCAAACAAGCCACCUCCUGUUCCAAAGGAUAGAGCACCAGGGGAACCUUUUGUUCCAAAGUCAUCGAAAGAAGCUGAGAUGGAAAAGAUGUUGAGGUCUAUGUCUGACAUGCCUGGAGCACCAAAUAUGAAAAUGUAUUCCAAGGAUGAUAUAAUGAAUAUGCAGAAUUUUGGAGGUGAUGACGAGGAUGAAGAUGAUGAAGAUGACAAUCCCAUUGCCUCAACCUUUGCAAAUACUAAAAGAUAUGUGCAAUCUGGAAAAAGUGAUUGGAAGAAAGACUUAGUUUCCAAAGCUCAAUCUACAUUAAUUUCUUUGAAAAAUCAAAGUAACCGUGCAAUUCUCAGUGCAAAACGGAGCCUUCGCACAAUAUCCAACAAAAUAAGGAAAUGGUAUAAAGGAUCAAAGCCUGGUUCCAAGUCAAAGAAAUCUAGUAAAAUUGAGUUGUAACACUUCGCACGUUUACAGCUAAAUAAAAGUCCUAAAAUUAGGACUUUUAGUUAAUGUUUAGAGAGCUGCAUGUUCUCCCUGCUUUCUUCUUGUUGUUGAAGCUUCCAGUCAAAAAUAGGAGACGCUGACAAGAAAAUUUUCUGUGGGGAGUAUUCUUACAGAGAUCAAUAUAGAAAUGAGUGUUUAAUUUUUGCUCC